GAAUAUGAGAGAAAGUCAAGUACACAAAUUGAAAUUUUCUGACAAGAUGAUCACAGCCUUUGGAACGACGUAAAAAUUGCUUGAUUCGUUUCCACAGAAGAAUAGAACAAAAUAACGCGUACACAUCAUUGAUUAUAAAUAGUUCUUUUCUAAAAAGAAACGCGGACGAGAAUAACUCGCUAUCGAUCCUUUUCUUUCGUCAAGUUCGCAAUUAAACUUAAACACACUGGCUAACUUUUUCUCAGAAAUGAAAUCUCCGACUCAAUUUCCUUAUUUUUCAUUCUCCCCCUGUUUCGAACCACACGCUCUCCCUGACUUUACUCGUACGAAUUUAGACCUACGACGUAUGGAUCGCGAGAAACUGAACCCUCCAACCUCACAAAUAAAUUAAACUUUCCUAACAACGUAAUUAGAGCGAAGAUCGACGUUCGCAAGCACCGAGCGACACUGCCCUGAGGAAGUCGAACGAACAAAAUCCGCCGGUGGUCUCACGGGAUUUCAGGCUGGUGCAAAUGAACCGAUGGAUAACAAACGAAAAGUUUGUCGCGGUGAUAAUGCAAGAAAGCCAUCAACAGGUAGCCAGAAGCAGAAGGCUAGAUGGAACUAGUUGGCCACCUUAAUUACAAAUUUCUUCUUUUUUUUUUUUUUUUUUUCUACUUUGGAAAGUGUUAAGGAAAGGCGAAAGCCGAAAGGAAGACGAAAGUACGGCGAAGAACGGGUAUCGGUAGGGUUUGGCGGGGGUCGGAGGAGCCGCUGCGGUCACAGCACGCGCACACAUGUUCGCCAGUCGGCAUGGGGGCAGAGGGUGGACGAGUGGGAGAGCGGAGCGCGCGCCUUGGCACUCGGCGAGGCGGCGCGCACCGCGACAGACCGACAGAAGCGGUGGAAAGCGGAGCUCGGCUGAAGCGAGUCGAGGCUCAGUCGCAGUCACGAAGCGGCGCCGAGCACCUCCACUCGGUUGGCCAGUCGUCCCUCGCUAUCCGCCUCUUUCCUGUCUCUCUUUCUCUCUGUUUCGUGUCGGCUUCCCUCGAUAAUUUCUCCAACGUGGAGGAAAAAAAAAACACCAAGAGCCUGUCGCGUGUUUAUAAUUAAACGAUUGCAUCGACCAAAGUGUCCGCAAGAAACGUUACUCCCUUUUUACCUCUCCGUCGAUCCUCUUUUUCCUAUUUUUCUCUCGUCACGUCCCGUUCUUCUUUCAUCCUGAUACCCGAAGGCGGAUCUCGCGCGCGCGCGCGCGACCUAACGACGCGAUGAAUUUCUCUCGAGAGCCGACGAACGCACGGCGUGGCUGCAUGCGCUUCGCCGCGCCUCGCUCCGGCUAUAAUUAACAAAACCGCUCUCGUACUGCCGAGAGAAACUGUUCCCUUGUAACGUGCUGACGCUCGCGAUCAUGCCGCCUCCCGACGAACCUGUGCUUUAAUCGUUUUUACUUUCCACCGAUUCGACGACAAAUCGAUCAACAGUGUAUCGUAGGUGGUGAGAGACAGUAGCCGAACAGAUGGAUCGUCGUUAGAAGCUGGGAAGAGAGGCGAGACUGUGUCCAGGGCACGCGAACGCGAGCAAACACGGCCACCGCGAACCUUGACCGUGAGUCUCUGUUCAGGUCUUUCCGUGGAACGACCGACCUAUUAACCGAUCUAUUCUCAUCUCUGGCGGCGUACUCGACGCGCGACCGCCUUCCAAACGCGACGUUUCUCCGCGUUCGCGUCUCUCAGUGUAAAAAGUGAGUUCGCGCGGCAUCGGGAAGAUCUUCGCCCAGCCUUUCUGCGAUCAGGCUCGACAAUUCCGUUGCCAGUGUACGCCAGGAAAGAGCGCAGCUGGAAGAACUGGCGAGGUUUCGAACAACCGUGACAAGUGGAUUUCGCGAGUGUCGAGAAAGAACGAGCUUCGAAGACGUCGGUGUGUGAAGCGGAAUCCUCUCCCGGAUCGCGACGGCUGCCACGUUUCGAAUAGCAGUUUCGUUGGCGAUGCGCGAGUAGGAUAGAGGAGAAGAGAGCGGCCGAGAGACGGAGAGAGACAGCGAGGAACCAGCGGCGAAGACAGAGGAGAGACGCUUUUAAACUGAUGAGAUGACAGUGCUGUGCGUGUUGUGGGCGACUCUGUCCACCGUGGCAUCGAUUCUCGCCUGCUCCGGAUUUUACCUGCCUUACUGGAUUCAGGGACGACUGCUAGGAAAGGCAGACGCGUACUUUAGUUCCUUUCGACGCUGCAACUAUCCACGGCUCAGGACGACGAACGCCCCUCCCGAAAUAGUUUACGAGUGCGCCAGAUACUCCAGCUUUUGGGACAUUCCGAGCGCCUGGUGGCAGGCGAGCACCGUCACCAUGGGAAUCGGUGUCGCGAUCGCGCUGAUCGGCGCGCUCACCCUGCUAGCCGCUGUCACCAGCUUCCUGCCGCACAUACUGAAAACGCCUAAGCACACCAGAGUCCUGGGCUCCCUGCAGUUGCUCGCUGCAGUGAUGAUAUGCGGCGGUCUGGUGAUGUAUCCUAUAGGAUGGGACAAUCGGGAGGUACAGGAGUCCUGCGGGAAGAGCGCCAAUGUAUACAAUCUCGGAAAGUGUUCCGUGUCAUGGUCGAGCCACUUGCUGGUAGGCUCGGUGGCGCUAUUAAUGCUGUGCUUCGGGUUGAGCUUCUGCGCCGCACGACACAAGUCAUCCAACCCACACACCGAUCCUCUGCGCAUUUGACAAUCGAGAUAUUCCCAAUCGAUUCACGCCUAUGCCUCGCCGAAGACGACCACCCUCUCUUUCGUCACGGUCUGUUGAUCGUGAACCGGACGAGCAUCGAGAAACCACCACGAGCCUCUGCGUUCACCUGGGUACGCCACCACACGUCACACACCGCACACCACACGUCACACGUCACACGUCACACGCUUGUGCGCGACUGCGUCGAUCUCGGCGUCUGUCUAAAGCUGGGAUUUCUUAUUAGCGUCGGACGCAUUUACGCGUCUUUCGGUCGAACGCAACAUUUACACGCACACAGAUUUCCUAUCGGUGUAAAAUACUUGUAUUAUAAUACAAUGAAGAAGAAUAUGACAGACAGAAGAGUAACGUACAGUAGAAUUUCGUUUGUACGAACGAGUUAACGCUCAGCUUCACGUACGAGCCUCUCGCAAGCUAAACGAUCGAUCAUGUUAUUAGGUAUCUUUAUUAUUCGAUUCUCAAGGAACAAGUAAUUUUUGUGAAUUCAUUCGUUCGUUGCCAGAAGAUAAAUAAUAGGAUAAAUUCUGGAGUAAAUUUAAAAAGUAGAGAUUUUAAAGUCACACUCUGUUAUUCGGUCGAAUAUAAUUUUAAUCGUACGCGUAUUCUUACAACGACUGUACGCGAUCAUUUGUGUUGCAAACUAAAUUCCCAAUGUCGAAGAAGAAAUAGUUGAACAGGAUACCGAAACCACUGCUUCGCCACAAUUCCCGAAUAUCAACUUGUAUCGUUCGAACUAGUCAGACGAGGUGUCUUUUCUCAAACUUUAUCGCUAGAAUUGCUCGGUUACCCGAACUAACGUGUUCCCCUGUUGAGAAACGAGCUUCUACUGUGCUUCUAAAUAAUUUUCAACCGUUGCAUUUGCAUUAGAAACGAUGGACGCUUAUAGGAAAUCCUAUCUUAACGCGUCUCGCACUUUACUUACGAACGAAUCGUUACGGAAUUACCUUGAAACGACCACCGAUCGUCUGGUCGAUCGACAACGUUUUUUUAUCGACGGUAUUUCGCCUGCAUCAAACUUCGUAAACGAUGUGCACUUAUCGACAAGUUGAAGCCAUCGACACUGAGUUUCGUCAACGGUAUGCAAAUCAUCAACGCUAGCGUCGUCGUUAGUCAGCUCUCGAAUAAUACGACAGUGUUUUAUUUUUGUUUCUUUCGUAACGCUUCGUCUCGUGAUAAUUUCUCCAACAAAUUUUUUAUCAGAGACUGCGUCGUUUGUAAGAAGAAUAUAGUCGACGAUCUCGCGUCGGCGAAUGCACACCGUUGACAAAAUCCAAAGUCGACGAAAACACUGGCGACGAUUUCAAUCCGAUUAACGCGUGCGUAGCAUCGCUGAAGCUCAGUGUCGAGAUAUUCGUCAAUGAAAAAUUCGUGAAUGAUCUUUGGUCAUCUAAAGGUAAUUUUUAUGUGUAUAGCAUAGCGUUUGCUCCACCGGACGGUGUUUUCGUUCCGUGUUAGACGGUUCGCCUCGACACCCUAUCGAUACCGCCCCCCUCCCACCGUUAAAAAAAGUUCCGCCGUAAAAAAAAAAAAAAAAAAGAAAAGAAGAAAAAACGUAGAUGCGUGGAAUGCAAGAAAAUCGUCUACAGUAUGUUUCAAGGAAGAGAAAUUCCAGGAAGAUUCAUCGAGGAAUAAAACUGGACGCGACUGAAGAAGCGAAUGCAGCAGGCAGCGAGCCUAGUUUGCUAAUCGAUGCGAAGCUUCUGGCAGCGUUAGACCACGCGAGAUUCUCGCGUAUUUGAACGAAUCGUUUCGCGUUACGAUCCAGCCGUCGCUGCUAAAUUAAAUUACGCGCGCACGACCUGACUUUGCAGCGCUCCUCGGCGUCGCAGACAGCGAUUAAUUUCCAUCAGGGAAGUCAAACCCUAGCUAGAAUCAGUGACAACGCGGUCGCGUGAAACGACUUUGCUUUCUGGAUCCGAUGGCACGGCUGUUCCUCUCCUUCGGAAGAGACGAGUUAACUCGAAUUGCCAAUUUCACGUAAUUUGGUUCCUUUACGUCGACGGUUAGUAGCGAGUUGUAGCGCAACUUUAUACGAAACAGUUUUGUUUCGUAGGUUUUAUACAAAAAUAGGGAAAUUAUCGAUCAGGCCAUCGGAGCGUUGCUCUCUCGCGCAGGAGACCAUAGACGAUAGACAAUUUUCGUCCUACCACGACGCUUUAAUUGGAAAUUCUCUGUCUUUUUACGUGUCGUUUACUACGAUACCCGUUGCAUCUACGCGCGAUGAAAGGUCGCUGAUCCGUAUCGGAGUUUAGCCAGGCUCCGACGAAAAAGGGGACGUUCCGGGUAGCAAGAAUACUUUAGACAGGUAACGCGAACUCUAGACACCUGUUCGUUGUCGAAAACAAACUCCUCUCGCCUAUGUUCUUUAUGACCAGCAUUUGAUAUUUGGUAUUCGAGCGCUACCAGCUCGGAGUUUGCUUCAGGGAGUUCCGUAUCCACCUCUGUAUCCAGCUUUCGAUUGUUUCUCCAGCGAAUUCACUCUUCUCGGAGCUGGAUAAGGCUACAGUCACGCUGCGUUGCCUUUUUCACUCUGCCUUUGUUCGCGAGUUCGCCAUUCGAAAGACUAAACUUUCCACGUUUAAUCCUCGUUGUUUCGAGCGAUCGCGGUAAGUAAAUUUGGUCGAGCGAUGGCGCGUUUCGCCGUCACCGAUUAUCGGUGAGGAGCAUAUGGGAAAAUUGGAAAAAUCGAACGACGGCUGAUACGUCGACGAUACUCGAACCGCGCUCGAAAUUCUAUGCCGGAGCUCGUUAGCUGUGCGCCAACAAAAGGGUUAGGUGGCUCGAUUCAGCCGGUCCAGUGAAAAGAACGAAUCACGACGCGCCAUCGACCUCUUUCCUAAUUUGCAUGGAAGGCGCCCGUCGAAUUGCGGUUCGCCGCAAUUAAAAUUAUGCGACCGAAAAGGAAAAAAGGCGGGAAGAGGGGAGAGAGAAGAAACGACGGGAACCAGGGGGAGGACAUGUUGGGAGUUUGAUUUUCCUGGCGGAUUUUCGAGCAGGUACCCUCGAACGCGGCGUUUCACGAAGCCGGCUCGCAUUGUGUGGAUUAAAUCCGCGAUGCUCGAAGAGGCGUGGGGGCCGGCUCGUUCUGGUUCCACGCAUCGUCGGUUUCUCGCGGUCGCGCUCUCGCGUAAGCUUCGUCCGUGGUCGAUCCGGGACCACGGAACAUUGGAUUCGUCGCGGUUCGGCGGGCCGAACGCGUGGCCAAAUCAACGCUCAGUUUCCAAAUCUUUGAAUUUCACGGACGUUUUGACUUUUCCGUGCACACGAAACUCGUACAAAACCGUACGACAGGGUUAAAGCGUAUAUUACGCGUUGGUCCUUGCAAAACAGUGGAGGCCGCGAGAAAGGGAAAAGUGACGUAAAGAGAGCGGAAAAAGAGAACUCGAUGGGAGGUCACGUGUUACGCGAUUUUCCGGCCGCGGCAAAAACAACGGCGCCUUUGAAAAAUGUCAUAAAAUCGCUAAAAGCCACGGUCUCUGUUUCUGUCCGCUUUUUCACCUCCCCUGGUCGUCUCUCGCCCCAUCCGCGCCUUGUUUCUUUCUCUCUGUUCCGCUUUGUGCGAAACGAGACACGAAAUUUUCGAGUGCACCGCUAGACGGAAAACGUAACUGUAAAACCGUGACUCGCUCGUCCGUGCUUUUUCCUACCAUUCCUUAGCCUCGUUAACGACAGGCGUGGACUAAUUGCAAAGCGGACUACCACCGCGCCCACAAGCGCGCCCGCGAGCUCGGCAACGCGCAACUUUUCCAGAAACUACCGUUUUAUUCGAAACGUCGUGAAUUUUAUAAUUGAAAAUACGCCCUGCAACUUCGAAACCGGUUACAAUUCGUAUCUAUGUUUCUUAAGAUCUUCUUACCUGUUUUCAUAAGUGCUCUCGAAAUUCAACCGCAACUUUUUGGAAUACUCUGUAUACUCGCGCGACGUUCGUUUCACGACGAAUCCACAGAGACUACCGUCUUCUUAUUAAAAUAACAUCGAGAAGAUCGUAUUCGCAAGAAACGGUCGUGGAAGCGCGCAAACUUGCCACAGAGUGUUUCGAACGCGAAUCUGUAUUUCCUUAGCGUAUCGCGGAAAGUAUAUGAAACUCGGCGGAGCGGUUUAAACGAACGGUAAUUUAAAUGGUAAUCGAGGCAGACGGUAUCGCGCGGCCAUUCUAACCUAAAUUUAAAACGUCAAAACUUGCUCGCUUCUCGUUCCUAUCGUCGGAGGAAUCAAUUGCGGUGUUUCCUCGUCGCGUUAACGCGAAAGUUGUUCGCGCGGAAACAGCGAAGAAGAGGGACCGCCGACGAAAGAUUUACCGCGCGAGGAACCGGUGUAAAAGAAAAGUGACAGAGUGAAACAAUCGAACGAGGUACACGUGGCGUUAGCCCGCCUCGAGUUUUUCUCUUUUCGCUCCUUGUCCUCGACUUUGCGCUUUCUUCGUCCUCCAGCCGUUCGACCAACAUACGUCGUAACGUGUCCUCGGCGUUACGCCGUUACACCCCGUGGAAAUUAUUACGCUCGAUUUCCCAUUUUUAACGUCCCUUUCGCCGCCCUCUUUCGGUUCACCCUUCCCCGCCAUUUUCUCGAGGACAGUUUCUCUCGGUGGGCUGAACACGGUUGCCUCUUCGCCAGGAACAAGGAGGACCGCUGAGCGAUCGAUCGACAUGUUCGGUUCGAGCUGUCCGAAUCAGGGCCCAGGAUCCAAGCAAACUUCCCUUCUAAAUCCAGACUUGUCCACGAGGCUGUGUCUCUCGCACGAUUUCCUCUUCUUGCUAUCUUUCUUCUCACCAUCCCCUUUUUGCCUCUUAUCGACUUUCGGCAUUCUCGCACAGAAUCGUUUCUCUUCGCUCCGCGAACGAAUCACCGAAGAACACCUCGCACAGUGCUUAGUCGCGAGCUAGGGACACGAAAGCGGCGAGAGGCAGAGAGUCUGUUCUCCUGACCGAUCGAGCUAUCGUGACACGAGAAACGAGGGUCGAAAGGUUAGAUUUUCUACGGAUAAGCGCCGAACGUGUGAGUGUUUAACGCGUUGACCGCCACGUCAACGUGCACGUCCAUGACCUAAAUUUUCCUCGGUUACUACAUUUUUUAGAACGAUGAAGUAAGAUUCUGCGUUAUGCGCGCACAGGUAGACCGUGGAUUUUUAUACAUUUUUCGAAGAUUUAAUUUCGCGCAAACGCACACGGUACAUAUAGCGCGUAUAAUAUAGGAAAACAUGCGAAAUAGCGAAAGUACGAUACUCUUUGCAAUUUAUAAUUACAAAUGUUACAAAACAGUGUUCCGUUUAUCGGUCCAUUUUUUAAAAUACAUUCGCAGGAACAUUCGCGGUCUGUUUGCAACAGUCUACGUAUUUAAUUUCUCCGUGUACGUGCUUGAUGGAACGACGAUCUGUCGGAACACGAAUUCGCUCUAACCGUAAGCAUCGGACGUAAACGUGUGACGCCCGUAGGAAAUCUCGCCCGAAGAGUCCGAUCGAUCAGCGUAUCGAUCGGCGACUAAAGUUCAGCCAUCGUUCGGAUCUCCGCGAGCGUGCAACGGAAAAAGGAGCCGCGGCUGCUAGCGAAAAGGUACGAGUUUGCGUUUAUAUAAAGCCACCGCAUCGGGCGGAGUUCCAUUAAGAGAGAAACGAGCGCGACUUUCGUUCCAGUCCGAUGCACAGGGUCGACGUCGGUGUGUGCCGACGUACCUAUUGACUUUUCCAUCGAACGAUCUCCGGUAGCGGCCACGCGAGUAAACCAAAAGCGCGAGACGAGGAAACAGAGAAGAUUACCGUUACUAUUCGCGACGUGUAUGCCACGACGUGCAUUGGAACGCGGGAUACACGGGGAAAAACGAGAGUAGCCAAAGCCCGGAUAUCCCGCGGCGAGUUAUCGAUGCAAGUCGGAUGAAACAAAAGUUGGGCGACUCGUUCGCUUAAGAGUUUACGCCUCGAGGAUGCCGCGAUACGUCGCGGCUUACCAAUCCUCGAUCCUUGUUCGUACGCUCGCGAUCGAAUUUUCCCUUCGAUUUCCAACGAUCCGAACCUGUUGCGAGAACGCAAGCUUGUGUUUCUCCUUGUUCCACGUUUCUCGAUCCACAUUGCUUGUCCUCUAUUCAGGCAGACUGAAACGCAAGUGGAAUUAUUCGAAGAAAUGUUAAUUUUGUCGUGUUUUGUACUUUGUUGCGCUCUGGUCUCCUUCAGGGAAAAAACAUUAAUUAAAACGUUGACUGCGACAGUGGCUAUCGAGGAUCCACGUUUUAUCAAAUUUUCUCGAACGAUCAAGCUAUGAUAAAUUUCUGGACUUAGGAUAUCGAACAACGAUUUAGACAGCAUUGUCAGAAAAAAGUAUAAUAUUUUGCAAAAAUUCGGUAUUACCAUAUACUCCCACAGCAAAGUAUAUGAGUAGCGGAUAACAGAAAGUUGUCUCACCCUAUGGAUUUUAGUAACAUUGUAUUAGAAAUUGUUUAUAGCGGCGGUAGCAGUCAUAUUAAAUUUAUUCGUUGCUCUUACUAAAUCCAUAUGUCCGCUGCCUAAAAUUACAGCGUCUUCUCGUGUUUCUUAUUUCGUGAACUUCUUUCUGUCUGUCAUUAUAUUCGCGCCGCAGUCAACGUGUUGAUACUACGUACGGGGUUUGAACAAAAUAAUUGAAACACCCCUUAUACGUCAUAUAUAUAUGUCGAUCUCUCAUUGCGGUUAGGGGCGUGUAACGAAUCUUCAUUUGGAUCAUCCAUUGUCCUCAUACGAUAUGGAUGAUAUUUACUGGUACAAAUAUAAUUAGUGGCGAUUAGAUACUCGAGAUGUUAAUGACAAUGAUCUUAAGUUCAAUAACGAAUCCACGGUCAACGGGACAGCAAAUGCGUUUUCUUCCAAAGGCUAAGUCGAACUGAAUUUACUUGUCCACAAUUCAAGUGUCACUCAACUUACUUGUUCACAGUACAAAUAGAACUCAACUAACUCUGUCAGUCCAAGUGGAACUGCACUUAAAUACUGUGUACCUCUUUGUAUCUCUCGGAUCAACUAUAUCUUUAAAAAGAACUAUACAACUACUCCAUAUCUCUGUUUGGCAAAAACGUCCAUCCCGUGACCGUGGCUACGUUCAGCAACCAGUUGUGUCACUUCGAGUCCAAGCCUAUUGUCAUAAUUUUCGGGCAAACAUAAUCAGAUUAAAUUAUAAACAACUAUUUCUAAGUUUUAUUAUCUAUGUACAGCUAUAACAAAAAGUCUAGACUAAAGUAUUGGGGAUCUUCCUAAAAAUUCAAAAAGAAAGGCCCCGAUGUCCUUUCAUCUCCGACAUAUACAGGGUGGUUGGUAACUGGUGCUACAAUCGAAAAGGGAGGUGAAAAAUUUUUUUUUUCAAUUUUUCCAUCGAGACAACGAUCUACAGUGAGAUCCGUCAUAACGAGACGUGAUAAAGUGCACGCGUACCGAGCGAAAACUCAAAGUCGAUUUUCUCGAAAACAAAGCCUCAAACAAAAAAUUUUUAUUCUAUAUUUUCGACUUCACCCCCUUUUCCGCUUGUACCACCGGUUACCAACCACCUUGUAUAAUACAAGAUAUAAGAGGUGUUUCUAUUAUUCCGUGCAAUCCCUGUAAAACGUUACCAAACGAUAUUUUCACAAUCACCGAUAACGCAAAGAAAUUUCCAUGAAAUAUAAAACAGAAUCGAACGUCGAUAAAUGGAAUCUGAAGGGAAGAGCUGAAAUCUUCUUUCCCUGCGUACUCGAGGUUCAAAGCAGCGGUUUAAGUCGCGUUUCCUUCCUAUCGCACGACACGGAACUUUCAACGAGGGAACGAAACGCGGCCCAAAAAGGCUUGCGAUAAUCGGAAUUCCUGAGGGGUAUUUUGCGACCUCGUUUUUCCGCGCGGUGCCGCGCGUAGCACGCGCGAAGUACGAACCAGACGCAAGUGGAACCAUCCUCAUCGGGAUAUACGUAUAUCGCGUGCCAACUAAACGCAAUUUCGGAAUAGUUUCCCUCGGCGCGCGGAUUAAAUUUUCCUUUGUUCGCGUUAUGGAGUCGGGCCGCGUUCGUCUCGUCUCGUCUCGCCUCGCUUCGCCUCCCAUUGCCGCGUUUCUCGGCCAAGCCGACUGUUCGCCGUGCUUUCACCCAUACCAACAAUUAGAUCGACUACCCUAGGCGUGUACUUUAACUUUGCGGCCUUUCGGAAACGCGCGCGAAGCAUCGCUGCUAUUUUCUACGCGUCGAAACAUUUCCUCCAAACAGAUAAUUCUGACGCAGAAAGAUGGAACUGUUGGAAGAGUUUAAGAGCGAGAUUUUGAAGAAAUUUGAAGGUAUCGUUGGUAUAAACCGGGAAUAUUUACGCAGGCCGAAAUAUGCAAAUGUGGGUGGAAAAUAUGCAAAGUAUGUUGGCGAUAUAUGUUGGCUGUACUUUUUAUAUAUUAAAUGUCAUCUGAAUGAUGGGAUAUUUAGCAAGAUAUUCGGCAAUACUCUGCUCAAAUAUCCGCUCGUUAAGCGACCAUGUUUCCUCGUAAAAUAUAUUACCCGGUGAUUUUUUGAAAUAUUCGUUUUUAGCAGAAUUUGAGAAAACUCGUGGCGCGUUUGCUUCUCGUACGAUUCACGUCGCGGGUAAUGACGCGAUGAGUUUAAUUAAACCAAACUAUUCCGUAAUAAUUCGAAACAUAAACCACGUCCUACGCUUAGCCAACCACUCAAAAUCGCAACUGUACGACGUGGUCUAUAUUUGACAUUAGAGCUUCGAAUCAAGUCGUGAAGCACAGUCGGACACGUAAUGUUACGAUUGUCGUAGAUUCGUUGAAGGAUACGGAAUGAUCGUUGGAAACUAGAAAGUCACUAAACCAGGAGGACACGAAUUAAAACGAUAUAUACGAAUACGUAUAUUUUUGUGUAUUUUCCUGAAAUAAUCCAGAUCAGAAAGGGAUAUAUCAUCAACUACGCUACGAACUUUUCCAACAGCUUGAUAACUCCACGUCAAAGCAACACUCGUCGCGUUCGAUUUUUGCCCAAUGUACUUCGACAAUUCGUGAAUCCGCUGGAUAAGAGGUUACGCGUAAUCGUCGAUGUGCCUGAAAGCGCUUUAACGAUUCGUGAAAUAAUUAAAGCGAAUCCCCUGGCUCUGGAUUCGUCGGUUCGGACGAGAGGCAGCACCAAGAGUCGAAGACGAAACGAUGUUCAAUUAGUUGGGUCGGGGGUGGAUCGAAGUAGAAAAACGAGUUCCUAGCGAUUGCGUAACUUGCAAAGCUCUGCUGGAUGUAAAAGGACAAGGUAGGAAAGAACAGCAGGGUCAUUGGCUCUAGCUUCGGUUGGCAGCAACGCGAAAUCACGAUCGACUCUGUUCAAAGCACAAUCGUUUUCGCAAACUCGUGCCUCCCUUUGAUGAGCCGAGUAAACGGUAACUCGAUCGCGACGGAUUUGUAACCGUUCCCCAGACCCCUUGCUGCUUAUUUGCAUGCAAAUUGCCAGCCUUUCACAGACACGAUAAAAAGACAGAGGGAAAAAGGCGAAGAAAAUAGCAUCGCAAGCGCCUGCGAAAGCAAGCAGCGUGUCCUCGCGUGGUACGAAAAUGCAGGAUGAUCUUCUUGCUGGUUAACUCUCGUCGAGUUACUCGAAAGAAGAACGAUAGCGACGGUAGAAUGCUAAUUUCUCUUCUAUUAACUUCCAUUAAUUGACCCUUAACGAUCGAUAGUUUGUUUCACGGUUUUCACGAAGACGAGGGAAAAUUGGCUAAACCACAGCCAUCGUAAACAAAUAGAAACGAAGAUGAAAUAAUUUAUACACCGCCGGCCACAAGUAUUCCAACACCUACGCGUUACAUUUUACUUUCCCUAGCGUUUUACGCUACGAGACGCGCGUAAUACCGCGAUCUAAUGACAAAUUACUUUGAAAAUUGAAACGGUGGAAAGCGUACAAUUUGCAUUAAAUAUCAGCUGCUGUGUUAACACGCACGUGUCAACUUCACGGCUGUCCUGUGCGUAAGUACUAGCUUAUGGUGGGCAAUUUAUGUUUGCAAAUGCAACGGCGGAAUCUUUUGAUCGUUAGGGUUUAAUGGCACGAAAAUCCAGCACAGAUUCGAUCUCAACCCGAUUGCCUGUAUUUUUCCAACCGUCGAUGUCCUCCUAUCUUGGAUGCUGUGUCGAAAGCGAAAAUUUUUAACACUCGAGAAAAACGCGAUCAGGUAGAAGACGAGUCAAAGAACGCGGCAGGUGUAAGCAAUAAGAGAAUCACCUUGUGUCUCUUGCAUAUUCAGCCAUUCGAACAAACUCGACUUGACAAACUCGAGAGGAAGAACGUUCCACGAUCAAUCGAGGAGACCGUGGAGAAAAAGUGUACGUGUAAAUAACGAUAACGCGACCGCGUUGCUCAGACGCAGAUAUAAAUUCCAUUUGAUGUGCCGUCGACCGACGAAAACGAAGACCAGGCAUCAUCGACGCGUGAAACGUAGCGAUAUUUUUUCGGGAAAAGUCAAACGUUCCGACGUGAAAACGUUCUUUAAUCGACCGCACCCUUUCCACUUGCUCCUGGCGCGCUGCACGGUCUACGUUCGACGAUUCAACGUUUUCACAAGUUUUAUCGUAGCUCGCAAAUGCGUUUGAACGACGAGAAUAUUCGGAGAUCCGUAGAAUCAUAAUACGUGGAAAUUGAAAGUUGUGGCCUGCGUAACUGUACGACGAGGCGCUAGUGAUCGUCAUCACCCUGUAUUCCAAGGGGGUGAAAAUUCACCUUCUCUGACGACAGCCCGUCGAAAUCUUCGCGAAUGCGAAUCGCGUAGCACUUUACUUAUUGUACAUACUAUACAUAUGCAUAUAGUACGUGAAUAUUCGAUAUGGCGUAAAUGUUACGUAUUAUUAUAUUUUAUAAUAAAACUGGAAUAAACGAA